UCCGUUCUUUCUCUCUCUUUCUUCCCUCUUUCUCUCUCUCUCUCUUUCUUCCCUCUUUCUCUCUCUGUCCAUCCUCACUGACGGCGGGGAUACACUUUGAUUGACAGCUGGGAAGAUGGGGACCUUGCUGUCGGACUUCAGGGUGAAUUUGAUUUAAAUGAAACCGUGAACCGCCUCGCGCUGAUUGGUCGACGCCCGUCAUAUGUCCGGAUGUCUGUCGUCACUCCGAUUAUCCGGGUAGCUCAUUGGUCGGACCUGAGGGGGGGCGUGCCCCGGUUUGAAUACAUAGAACGAGGCUUUGGAGCGGAGGCGCAUGAUUCCGGUCUGGCGCAGGGACGCGGACUGAGGUCCGAUGUGUCUCCGCACAGCCGCCCUCAGACCCGCUCACUCAGCUCCGAGUCGGUUCUGCUCGCUGCGUGCGGACUGUGGCCAUGGAAUGCGCAGUGGACGCGCAAAGCCUGAUCUCCAUCUCCCUGAUGAAGAUCCACAACUCCAGGACGCAGAGAGGCGGCAUCAAGCUGCACAAGAACCUGCUGGUGUCCUACGUGCUGCGCAACGCGCGGCAGCUCUACGUCAAGGAGCGUUACGCGGAGCUGUACCGGAGGCAGCAGUACGACGAGGUCCUGACGGUCUGCAAUGAGAUCCGGCAGCUGGAGCCGCUGGACGCCGCCGACGAGGCGGAGCAGCCGCCGUUCCACCGAGCCGCUGCGCACGGCGCGCCGCCGCCGCACGCCUGCGCUCCCCAGGACCCGGAUCCGUCUGCGUACCGGACCUUCCGCAUGGAGCCGAGUCCCGCGUCGAACUGUGAGCACUUUCCCGGAAGCGGCGGCGCGGACUGCAACAAAACCACCGUGCUGGACCUGGACACGCACGUCGUGACCACCGUGGAGAACGCCUUCCUGCACCAGGACUGCUGCUGCGCCGCGCAGGCUCCGGCCAAGAAGCGCAAGGUGGACUUCGGUGCGUCCGACGCCGAGGAGGUAGCGGACUUUACGGCGGUUCGUAAGCGUGCCAAGCGGGAGGACUAUUCCCACUCCGGUCCGGAUCACUCGGACACCUCCAACAUCUCCAACCUGAUCUCAAUCUUCGGUUCGGGGUUUUCGGGGCUGCUGAGCCGGCAGGCGGACCUGGAGCAGAUCUGUAGCAAACAAGCCCUGGCGAGCCUGGGCGCGUGGACCCGGGCCAUCGUGGCGUUCUGAACCCCACUUUCACGUCGGGGCGCUCGGGGUCAGCGCUAACAACAUUUUCUCCUGCUAAUCUUAUUUUGGUAACAACGGAAUGUUGCCAAGUUCCCGGCAGGAUUUACGCAACCAGCGGAAAGUUACGCGACGCCUUCCGGGAAUGACAGUGUGGAACGAGGCGGUUCAACCGGAUCAGUUCCUGGAGAUUUCAGGAAAUGUGACUCAGUUGGAGGUUGGAGGGAAACAUUCUGAAACGCACCACAGCGUUUUUAUCCAGAUUCAGAAACCACACACAGACCCGAGUGCGUGUGUCUUCGCAAAUCAAACCCACGUCACGUGAACCUACAAACGACAGGGGGGCGUGGCCUGCUCACACUUUCCUGUGUUAAUGUUAAAUAACAGACGGUGAGACAGACACCAGCUGGGCUUCAUUACAGAUCGGCACAAAAGUUUAGUGAUAUUUUCAAAAUGUCAAUUGUUUUAUUAUUGUUUUUUAAUUGUUGUUUAGUAGCAGCGCAGAUGAUGAAGGUAAAAUCUCUUAAUCAUUCUAAAGUCAGUUUUAAGCAGAAACGAGGUGUUACUGGGUGACGCUUUGAGUGAACGUACCAGCUAGCAGCUUGUGUAGCCGCAGCGCUCUGAUCGCUUCCUCUGCCUUUGUGAUGAAACAAUGCUGAAUUUAUGUGUAAAUUAUUGUUGUAAAAAAGCUUCAGAUAUCUGUCGCAGAGAUAGAUG